CCGCUGCUCCUCUCCGGGAAGGUCCCCACUUGACAGCUCUGGGAGACCGGAGGCUGCGCCCAGAGGCUGCCCGGGAGAUUGGGGCUGGGCCGGCGGGGGGAGGCCAGGACCCUGCGCUCUCUCGGCAGUUCCCUCUCGCAUCCACUCCCUCACAGCCACGCGGGGCGCGCACUCCCACUCCUUCUCUACACGCGGCUGCGGGGCGCAAUGGACCCGGCACUGCUCCACAGCCUGCUGGAGGCCAACUGCAGCCUGGCGCUGGCCGAAGAGCUGCUCUUGGACGGCUGGGGGCCGCCCCUGGACCCCGAGGGUCCUUACUCCUACUGCAACACGACCUUGGACCAGAUCGGAACGUGCUGGCCCCGCAGCGCCGCCGGAGCCCUCGUGGAGAGGCCGUGUCCCGAGUACUUCAACGGCGUCAAGUACGACACGACCCGGAAUGCCUACCGAGAAUGCUUGGAGAAUGGGACGUGGGCCUCAAAGAUCAACUACUCACAGUGUGAGCCCAUUCUGGAUGACAAGCAGAGGAAGUACGACCUGCACUACCGCAUUGCCCUUGUCGUCAACUACCUGGGCCACUGCGUAUCUGUGGCAGCCCUGGUGGCCGCCUUCCUGCUUUUCCUGACCCUGCGGAGCAUCCGCUGUCUGCGGAAUGUGAUUCAUUGGAACCUCAUCACCACCUUUAUCCUGCGAAAUGUCAUGUGGUUCCUACUGCAGCUCAUUGACCACGAAGUACACGAGAGCAAUGAGGUCUGGUGCCGCUGCAUCACCACCAUCUUCAACUACUUCGUGGUGACCAACUUCUUCUGGAUGUUUGUGGAAGGCUGCUACCUGCACACGGCCAUCGUCAUGACCUACUCCACCGAACGCCUACGCAAGUGGCUCUUCCUCUUCAUCGGAUGGUGCAUCCCCUGCCCCAUCAUCAUCGCCUGGGCCAUCGGCAAGUUCUACUAUGAGAAUGAACAGUGCUGGUUUGGCAAGGAGCCCGGCGACCUGGUGGACUACAUCUACCAAGGACCCAUCAUUCUCGUGCUCCUGAUCAAUUUCGUAUUUCUGUUCAACAUUGUCAGGAUCCUAAUGACAAAGUUACGCGCAUCCACCACAUCCGAGACAAUCCAGUACAGAAAGGCGGUGAAGGCCACCCUGGUGCUCCUGCCCCUCCUGGGCAUCACCUACAUGCUCUUCUUCGUCAAUCCUGGGGAGGAUGACCUGUCGCAGAUUGUGUUCAUCUAUUUCAACUCCUUCCUGCAGUCAUUCCAGGGUUUCUUCGUGUCUGUCUUCUACUGCUUCUUCAAUGGAGAGGUGCGCUCAGCCAUGAGGAAGAGGUGGCACCGCUGGCAGGACCAUCACUCCCUUCGAGUCCCUGUGGCCCGGGCCAUGUCCAUCCCCACAUCACCCACACGGAUCAGCUUCCACAGCAUCAAGCAGACGGCCACCGUGUGACCUCUUGGUUGCCCACCUGUGCAGCUCCCCCAUCCUCCUCCACUUUCCUCUGGGUUCUCCUUGUUGGGCAGGCUGUGGUGGGGCAGGAGAUGGGAAGGGAGAGACCCUCUCCAGCAUGGCAGGAAAGAGGGGCUGUGGCAACCAAGGGGGACUCCAAGGGACAGGACCAGCAAAGGCUGCCAGGCUCAGUGCGAGAGGGAGCAGAGGGAAUUCCCAGGACGCCCUUAGAAGACCCAGUCAGAUGUCUGCAGGUAUUUGCUCAUCCCAGUCUCUCUGACCAGAGCCUUACUAUAGAGGAAACUGAGGCCCAGAGCAGAGAAGGGCCUGUCCAACAGACAGAGCUAUUCAUAGCGGCAGACAAGGGGCUACCCUGCUCUACUCACAGGGCCAGCUGCCUGGUGAUGGUGUGGCUCUGUGCCGGCCCUCGGCCUCCACACUCAGUGGUGCCCCGCAGUUGGGUGGGGUAUGCCAGGUGGAGUAAAGGAUCAAUUUGGAAGUCCUAUCCCAGGAUCUCUCACCUAGAGAGGCUCACUUGUACCCCACCCUUGUUCCUCUGUCCCCUCCCCAGCCAUCCUCCCGCCCCUAGGGCUCCAUGAGGGAUGCUGACUUCCAGGCUUGGCUUGUUCUCUUGGGAGACCCCUUCUCUGCAGAUUAGGGAAUCUAGGAAGACACCAUCGGGGCAGCCACAUUCUUAGGUCAACCAGAUAUAUGGUGCAGGGCAAAACAAGAAGCAGAGGCAUGGAGAAGGGAGGUGUGGGAUGGGAAUAGCAGAAACCAACGAUACCUUCAGUGAUUGAAACUCACCCCCCAAUGCCCUUUGCCCUCCAGCCUCCCUUUCAGAAACAUCUCUGCUCUCUGUGAAAUACAUCAUGCCUCUUCAAAACGGCCUCCCCUCAGGUCAAAUCACUCAAAGAGUGGUGUGGGCCAAUGAUGGUGGCUGGGUCUGUGGGGCCACAUCCAUCAGUGGACUUAAGCCCUGGCCUAGGACCAGUUCUCUCUGACCUCUGGUAGGUUUGGAGUCUUUAUGGUCAAAACACCUGCAGGCAGGUCUGUCCCUUAUCAAUCUGCCCAGGCUAAUACCUGGCCCUAGCCCCCAACCAAGGGCAGUUUGAUUCAGCCUGGAGGAGGUGUGCAGCUCACUCAGCAAGCCAGGGCCCGUCCCAAAGGCCAAGGCUCUGGAAUCUGGUGGAAAGGGUAGACAAAGCCCCUCGGUCUCAUAUGCAACGACCGUCCGAGCAGCUUCCAGGCUUGGCUUCCAACCCUGUGCCCUGUAGCGGAGCUAUAGGAGUCAGGGAGGGAGAAGCAUCAGGCUACUGCUUUCAACGGGAACCAAUGCUCUAGGUACCCCCUACAAAAAUAAAUUUUGAAAAAUCAUGUAUCCCAUCUUGCACAUUUUUAAGUUGACACUUAAUAUUUUUUACUUAAGUUUUAAUACCUUCAGAGGAUGUGAUUUGUCAUUUUGUAAAUAUUUACAUUUUUAAAUUAAACUGCUACACCACUUUAAAAUACAUCAAAUGAAAUCUGAACACCACAGUGAUUUAACACCCACCCUCAUCUCUUUUAAAAACACCUGACCCAGCUCUUCUUUAUUUUUAU